CCCUAGUCAUAUGACAUUCAGCUGGAUACAGAUUUUUCAUCUAGCUUUUUGCUUACUUGUUUCGCGAAAAUUAGGAAAAUCAGUGUUGUGCGGAAUAGAUCAGAGCAACAUUUGCUGUUCCUAUUUGAAGAACAUCUUAAAGACAUCACGCUAUAAUGUCGGAGGUUCAGGAUUUGAUGUCUUCCCUACCGGACGAUAAAAUUGACAUGAUUGCUGCUACGAGCGUUUUGCAGCAACAGGCCGGAGACAUCCGCCAGAACAAACCCGCUUGGUCGUCUUAUAUGCAGUCUUUGAUGAUUUCACAGGAAGAUUAUGCAUGCGUCAGCAGUUUGGACAAGGAUAAGAAAACGCAAGCUCAAUACUUGCAGGAAAAUCCGAAUCAGUGCGCCAAAACGUUCUUGAAUUUACUGGCUCAUGUUUCCAAGGACCAGACACUCCAGUAUAUUUUGGUGAUGAUUGAUGAUUUGUUGCAAGAGGAUCGCACGCGUGUCCAGAUUUUCCACGAUUACGCAAACAAACACAAGGAAAGCGUAUGGGGUCCGUUCCUGAACUUACUGAAUCGUCAGGAUGGGUUCAUUGUAAACAUGGCUUCGCGUAUUGUCGGUAAGCUGGCUUGCUGGGGGCAUGAAUUAAUACCCAAGUCCGAUCUGCACUUCUAUCUGCAGUGGCUAAAGGAUCAACUGACCGUGGCCGCCCAAAAGCUUUUGGAAGAAAUAGAGGAGGCCGAGAAGAAGCGAGCUGAAGAGUCAGCACACCAUCACGGACACGGACAUCAUGCUCAUCACGGUGGAGCCGGUGGUGGUGAUCACCAUCACCAUCAUCACCAUUUCUUUAGCCACAAUCACCACGACCACCAUCAUCAGCAGUUAACGGAGAAGUACCGCGAAAUUUCAGUCGCUAUUGACGAACCACGUCAGCGUGCACAAGGCGAAACCCUCGUCUCCCUAACGAACAACGAAUACAUUCAAUCAGUGGCUCGUUGCCUGCAAAUGAUGCUACGCGUGGACGAGUAUCGCUUCGCUUUCGUCACUGUUGAUGGAAUUAGCACGCUGAUCAGCAUCUUGUCUUCGCGGGUGAACUUCCAGGUUCAAUACCAGCUGGUGUUCUGCUUGUGGGUGCUGACCUUCAACCCGCUACUGGCGGAGAAGAUGAACAAGUUCAACGUCAUCCCCAUUCUGGCGGAUAUUUUGAGUGACAGUGCCAAGGAGAAGGUCACCCGUAUUAUUCUGGCCGUUUUCCGCAACAUGAUCGAGAAGCCGGAGGAUUCGCAGGUCUCCAAGGAACAUUGUAUCGCUAUGGUGCAGUGCAAGGUGAUGAAACAGUUGCAGAUUUUGGAGCAUCGUCGUUUCGAUGACGAGGACAUCAAUUCCGAUCUGGAGUUUUUGAUCGAGAAACUGCAGAACUCGGUGCAGGAUCUGAGCUCUUUCGAUGAGUAUGCCACUGAAAUCAAGAGUGCCCGUCUCGAGUGGUCUCCGGUGCACAAGUCCGCCACGUUCUGGCGUGAGAAUGCUCAGCGUUUGAACGAGAAAAAUUACGAACUAUUGCGCAUUUUGGUUCAUUUGUUGGAGACCUCGAAGGAUCCCUUGGUGCUGUCCGUGGCCAGCUACGACAUUGGGGAGUAUGUGCGUCACUAUCCUAGGGGAAAGCACAUUAUUGAGCAGCUCGGAGGGAAGCAACUAGUUAUGCAGCUGUUGGCCCACGAUGAUCCCAAUGUACGCUAUGAGGCUCUUCUUGCUGUUCAAAAAUUGAUGGUGCACAACUGGGAGUACCUCGGAAAGCAGUUGGAGAAAGAUAGCGAAAAAACUCCCCAGACUGGUGGCGCCAUCAGUGGAAAAGCUUAAGAGCCGUCUGUUUCCAGUGUUUAUACGAAUGAUUUACUUCCCUUUCGGACAAAGAAGAAUAUGCCUCGAUUCAGUUAUAUUUUACAUUCCUUUCCAUGAUCGAAUCAACAGCAAGCACAGUUUAUAAUGUGUGAAGUGUGUCCAUCAUCCAGCUUUGUGUUGUUUGUUCACGAUUGUAUAUAUUGGAAAGCAAAACUGCGUCAGCCAAACCUCAAAUGUUAAUCGUGUAUGUAUUUUGUUAAAUGAUGUAUUAUUGAUCAAAUGAAAUGUUUAAAGUAUCCUAGCGUAAACGUAAAUCUGGUGGAAUAUGUAGUUUUUGUCCUGUUUAAAAGAAACUACUAAGCAAAGCUACGUAAAACUUAAUAUGUAAUCAAAUAUUAUUCAGCGUAAAAAAAUCACCAUGAAAACUGUU